UUUUGUUGGAAGAAGAAGUUUGUGAAGAUGCAAUAAUAAAUCCUAAAGAUAGAAGUGUUGUUCUUGAAGGAUUUAUAACAAAAGAAAAUAGAGUUAUUGAAGUCAUCAAAAAUCCAAACGUACGUACAGAAAAGAUUGCUGAACCAUUGGAAAAGCAAGAAUAUAGGAUUCCCGCACCUAACCCUGGCCUUGACAAACUCGUGAUGGUUGAAUCACAGAAUGUAUCUCAAAAGUCUUCCUACAAAACGACGCCUGAUAGAAUGGCUCUCAUAGAACUACUAAAGAGAGAAAUUGCAAAGAAGUCUGCUCAGGUACAAAAAAAAGAAGUUAUGAAUACUAUAGCUUCGGAAGCCUUAAGGAAGAUGUCUUAA